UUUUUUUUUUUUAAAUGAUUUUUACAUUAAAAUUCAUCACCAUCUAUCUAUUAGGUGGACUUACAUUUAUUCCAUUUGUUUUAUUAUCUUUAUAUAUUUAUCAUUUUGUACAUAAACGUAUUAUAUAUCUAACAACAACCAAUCAACAAUCUCAUUCUAUUAAGCCAAACAAAUUAGAAAAACAGAGUAAGCACCUCGAUUUAAGCAACGAUGAUAAAGGCUAUUUGCUAUAUAAAGUAGGAUGGUUGAGGGUAUUACGAAAUGAAGAGGAACCAACAACAACAGAGUCUAUAAUAGGGGAGAUAGUAAAGAAUUAUAUUUCCGUGCUUAAAUAUAAUACUCUUUACUUGUACGAAUCGGAGAAACAACUCGAUUGUAAGGGAGUCAUUAAUUUGAGUAACUAUACCGUCAAGACACAUCCUCCUGGACUCGAGGAUUUUGAACUCUUUUCAAAGCCACAUUUAAUUAAAUUAGAGGGGAAAGAAAAUGAUUACUAUAUCAACUGUCAUAAAUGCAUUGAAAAGGAGGAUUGGUUUUUUAUCUUUCUUCGUGCUUCUAAAUACUCUUCUUCACAACGAGAAGAAGAUAAUACAAAUAGGGCCCACUACUAUUUUAAUCAGUCAGAUAUGAAUCAUUUAAUUAAACGAGUUCAUAGUGAUGAAUAUCAUUAUCAAACACAAUGGUUCAAUGCCAUCCUCGGUCGAAUCUUUCUAAGUAUCUACCGUACACAAGAUAUUAAAGACACACUCUAUAAAAAAGUCAUCACAAAACUCGAUAAGAUAAAUGCAAAACGACCUCCCUUUUUAGGUAAAAUCACAGUUCGGUCCGUUGACCCAGGCCAUUCCUUGCCUCGUUUUACGCAUCCUAAAUUACUCAGUUUGAGUCCAACUGGUGAAUUAUCAGCAGAGGCUCAUAUGCAAUAUGAUGGUGGAUUUCGUAUUGAAAUCGAGACUGUAUUAAAAUGGAAAUACUCGGACCGACUUAAACCACUCACGAUGGACCUCAUCCUAGAUAUCACUUUAAAGGAAAUUCAAGGUAAAAUGCUAAUGAAGAUUAAGGAACCACCUACAAAUCGUUUCUGGUAUGCGUUCUAUGAAUGUCCUAAAAUGGAAUGGAAGGUAGAACCUGUUGUCUGGGAGAAGCGUGUAGGCUAUUCGGUCGUUGUAAAGGCAAUUGAAACAAAGAUACAGGAAUUCAUUACGGAAACGAUGGUGGCGCCUUAUUUUGAUGACAUCGUCUUUUUCCCGACCAAAAAUGGCAUGGGUGGUAUCUUUGAAGAAGAAAUAAAAGAUGAGAUAGUGAUUCCAACAGUCAUAGAGAAUCAACAGAAAAAUAUAAAAACUGCUAAAGAUAGACAUAAAGAAGACGAAGCAUUAUUAAAGACGGCAAAGUCUUUACCUGAAUUAUUCUCUGCUACUGUGCCUGAUCGUCAACAACAGCAACAGCAACAGCAACAGCAACAGCAACAGCAGCUUUCAAAACUACGAACUCAGCAUAUCAUGGCAUCAAAAAGCACUGACAUUAUUGUUACUUCAUUAUCAGCGACAUUCAACAAUAAUACAUUAUCAUUCCCCGAAUCUUUAUAAUAGUAAUAACAAUAAUAAAUUUCUUUCUGUAGUAUAAAAGAACAAUCAUUUACAUUGGUAACAAUGGAAUCAACAUAGCCACCACUACCACGACGACGUGACAUGACAGAAUCAACAAUAUGUCCAAAG